GCAAAGCAUGUAAACUCAAACACAAGUCUCUAAAGAAAAGCAGAAGUUAAAACUCUCAAACUCCAACCAUUGUUCAAACUUUUGCUGUGAAUCUUAACUGGUUAACAUUGUGGGAAGCGAAACCUGUAACAUACUGAGUUGGCUCGAGGGUUGACCUAAGGAAUCCAGGGGAAUCUGAAGUGAUUGAAGGCUUUCUGAAAGCACUGGUCAGAAUGGUGCCUGGUCCUGGGAAAGAGUUGGUUGGAGUCUUUCUGCUCCUCUUGGCUUUCAGGGAGAUGCGGACAGUGAAUUGCCUGGCUUUCAAACACUGUGUCGGUGAACUGGUGAAGCAGGUUUUUACUUGUACAAGUCGUGGUAUCUCAGAGCUGAAGGAGGCUGUCUCAGACCUUCCAACUCAUGUCAGAGUUCUUAAUGUCUCCAUCAAUAAGAUUCGGACUUUACAUCACCGAGGACUGGAAAAUCUAACACAGCUAGAACUCCUAAGGCUGGACAAGAAUAAUCUGACAACCGUCGACGUAGAAGCUUUCUGGAAACUCAAUAACCUCCAGCUACUAAACUUAUCCUGUAACCAACUGGAGACUCUCCGACCAGGAAUCUUCAAAUUCCUCCCCAACCUGACCAACUUAAUCCUCAAACAGAACAAGUUAACUAGUUUCCCUGGAUUAAGUGAUUUUCCAUUGAAGAGGUUGAGUGUUCUGGAUAUUUCUUCCAACAGGUUAAGGAAUGUUUCAUCUUUCUUCACUGCUCUUAGCAGUUGUACUCGUCUAAGAACUCUAAAUGCUGAAAACAACAACAUCAGUGCUUUAGAAAUCUCCUCAUGUUUCCCUCCCAAUUUGAGCCACCUGCUUCUAGCUGGAAAUGUUAUCUCCCACCUAUCGGCACCUGCUGCUUUUUUCGCCAAUAUUGUACACUUGGACUUAUCCUUUAAUAACUUGUCAAGUUCUAAGGAAUUAACUUCACACAUGUUCACCAGACUUCUCUUCCUGAAUGUGCAACAUAACCCCUUGGGUAAAGAUGGGGUUAUUGACAUUGUUCAAAAUUUGAAUGCACCAUUGGUAAACAUCAGCCUGUCAAGUCUGACACUGAAUGACAAAGCAACACUGAGUAAACUGUGUAAAUUCAUCCAGAAAAAGAGGAUUCAGGGGUUGGAGCUGAGACAAAAUCGGCUUCAUCAGGUGAGUGGUGCCUUCAGCAACUGUCAGGAUGUUUUGUCUUUGGACUUGUCCCACAAUCAUAUCAGAAAACCGAACAUUUUUGGCAGUUUGGGCAUUCCUAAUAACCUACGAGUAUUAAACCUAGACUUUAAUUUGAUUCGCGAUGUCUCUUUGUGUGGCUCAGGGCAAAAUGUGGAAGAAAAUAGAUCUAGCCCAUGUUUAGAGAAACUCCAGCAUCUGACCUUGAGAUCCAAUCGCAUUUCUGCCAUUAAAUCACAUGUAUUCCAAAAUUUUAAAAAUCUGCGCUAUCUUUCCUUAGCUUUGAAUGAAAUUAAUUUUAUAAACAUAAGUGCAUUUGUGGGUCUAACCAAUCUAAGAAUUCUGUCACUCACUAACAAUGCCAUCGGAGAGAUUUUUCAUGAAACCUUCACUAACCUCACAAGCCUGCAAUCCUUAAAGCUCAGGAAUAACAGGAUUCCAACUGUGUUCAAUAAGACAUAUUCCAGCCUCUCUAAUCUGACCAUACUGGAUUUGGGAGGAAACCACAUUCACAAGAUUGAAAAUGGAGGUUUUAAAGGCCUCAAGGCUUUGAAAAAACUUUAUCUGGACAGAAACUGGCUGCCAAAUGUUUCUCAAGGAAUGUUUGAAGAUCUCAAGUCAUUGAGGGUAUUAGACCUUGCCAACAAUAAGUUAUCUUUCAGAGCUAGUCACUUAAAAUUGCCUCCGUUCAUUUAUCUUCAUAAUCUCCAAAUGUUGAAGUUACAAUCUCAAGCACCAUUUGAUCUUAGGAUAUUACCUCAUAAUCUGUUCGAUGGGCUUCAGCAGCUGAAGAGACUUGAUAUAUCCAACAACAAGUUUGUAAGUCUCAAUACUCUGCCCUUCCAACAACUUACUAGUCUAGAGCAGUUGCACAUGAGUGAUAUUUGUAAUGGGUUCCAGACUAUGCAUGACUUAACUUUUGCCACACUGAUAAAUCUCCGACAUCUGACUCUGAAGAAUGUUGGCUUGGAAUCCAUCAGGAAAAUUCUCUUUCAAAAUCUAACCAGCCUCAACUCUUUGAUGUUGUCAAGCAAUAUGAUCCACGUGAUCGAAGAGAAUGAUAUUCCCCCGUUGCACAAUCUCACCUAUCUGGACCUGCAAUUUAACCCUAUCUCCUGUGUUUGUGACAAUAUUUGGUUCCAACAAUGGGCUACUAGCUCCCGUGUCCAGGUUCCUUUCUUCUACCAGUAUCCAUGCAUGGAAAAUGGAGUUGAGAAAAGAACAUAUUUUGCGAAGUUUGACAGUUCAGUGUGCAAUGAAGGCCUUGUGGCAUUUUGUGCAACAGCCCCAGUUAUAUUUGUUUUAAUGGCAACAGUUGUGGUCUACCAGAAAGGCAAGUGGAGCUUCCACUAUGGAUAUUAUCUGCUCCGGGCUUGGAUUCAUGAAAACAAACUCCAGAAGAACCAUACCAAAGGCUACAAGUUUGAUGCUUUUGUGUCCUACAACUCUAAGGAUGAAGCUUGGGUAUUUGACCAACUAAUGAAUAAUCUGGAGAAUGAGGGGCCUCCGUUUCACCAACUCUGUUUCCACCACAGGGAUUUUGAAGUCGGUAAACCCAUCGUGGAAAACAUUGUUGAUGCCAUCUAUAAGAGCAGAAAGACGAUUUGCAUCAUCUCCAAGAAUUAUCUUCAAAGCGAAUGGUGCUCCAUGGAGAUGCAGGUCGCCUUGUAUCGAUUGUUUGAUGAACACAGUGAUGUCCUCAUCUUGGUUUUCCUGGAGGAGAUCCCUGGCCAUGUGCUCUCUUCUUACCAUCACCUACGCAAGCUGGUGAGGAAGAAGACCUACAUUAACUGGCCUGCUGAUGAGUCUGGGCGAAAGCUUUUUUGGACCAAGUUAAGAGAUGCUCUCAAGAAAGUGCACAUAGCUUCUGAUGAAUCGAUUCCUCAAUUUACCCGUUGCACAAUCUAACUCCAUAAAAUAAUCAAUCAUUCUCGGGCAGGGACAAAAUACCAAUAUUUCUGAUGCUGUAGAACUGGACCACAGG